AAUUGGUUUUCUCUACCGUUACAUGAUUCCAACGGUCGUAUAAAACAUCCCUCUUUGAGGUGUGUGCAGCGUGGUCUCAGAAUUGAGAAUUCCCCUUUUCAUAGUCCUCAAUUUCCCACCUUUCCGCCCAAACCUUUAGCUCAAACGAACCCUUUCUGGUGUUUCAGCAAUAAACCAAGAUAACUAAUCAAUGGCUGCCCCUGAGGAAUCCAAAAAUCGUCGAUACGAAGAAAAAGAUGAAGACUUGUGGGAAAUCGGAGAGUCCGAGUCCGACCCAGAAUACGAUUCGGAUGAGUCAAUGAAGGACCCGACUUACAGCACUCUCGAAGAAACCCACGCCAAGUUCUCAAAUCUCUCGAUCAAGGGUAAAUCAAGGGCUCGAAUUGUUAAGGAUAAUGAUGUCGGUAGUGAAGCAGAAGUUGAUGGACAGGAGGUGGUUGUGCCUGAGCUGGACGAGAAGGAUAGACAAAGCUUUGAAAAUGUUCAGAAGAUUAUUGAAGCUAGACAGAUUGAGAAACUAAAAGUGGAGCAAUGUAAGCUGUACCUUAGGAAGAACGGGUUGAGACUCACCGGAAAUAAAGACACGCUUAUUCGGCGCAUUAAGGAGCAUUUAGAGAUUUUGAAUGGUGGAGGUGAGAAGAAGUACCCGGCAUCUACCUUUGUUUUGAAUUGUAAAGGGGAUGCAUGCACUGGCGAUGUCGUCAUGUUUGAACAAAAUGUUUAUGAAAUGUUUGACAUAGCAUCGCGGAGUGGAAGAGGCCCUCCAUGUGGAACAAGGAUUGUUGCAGGUAGGAUUGUGAAAGAAAGCUAUGGAGCUGCUAAACAGCAGCACACCUUUACAAUUGAAGUACUCUGGAGCAAAGGGGAGACACCACUUCCUCCACUCCAUCCCCUCCUAAUUAAGGGCCGGAACCUGUACCGGUUGAAAACUUUGAGACAGAAAUGGGAAGAUGAAGGGGAGAGGCAGAAAGUCUUGAUGGAAAAGCACUCUAGGGGAUCUCUUGCUAGGUCUGACAGGGAAGCACGGGUCCAAGAGAAGGAAAUAAGGAAAGUGCUCAAGACAAAUCGGGUUUCAAGAAAGGGAGGACCGAAAAAGAACAAGCCUCAGUUGAACUCAACCUCGGUGCUGAAAUCAUCUCUUCAACCUCAACAAUCUGUUUCACUUGUUAACUCAGCAAACCUACAUCAACCAGUUGGUAUAUCAGUUGGUUCAGGAAACAUGAAAGCAGGAGCUCAGCAGUUGGGAUUGUUUUCUCAUUCAGCAAAACCAGCAACUCAACCUCACCAAUCAGAAUUUACUGCCUAUUCGCAAAAACCAGCCACAGGACCUCCAGCUAUAAGCUCGGGCUUUUUUGUUGAUUCCAGAAAAGUGACAUAUCAGCCUCAACUGAGAAGGAACACUACAAUGCAAGAUAGGUAUUUCAAUCAAGCUUCUCAGAACUUGGAUGCGAGUACAAAUCCAAGCAACAUACAAAGAGUGUAUAAUAGAACUGGAGAGGCUCUGGUUAACAUCUAUGACAACAAAUCUAAUGCUUAUACUGUCCAAGGAAUAUCAUUCCAGGGUCAUCAAAGACAGCCGUUGGCAAGUGUAAACCACAUCCUUCCCACAUGUCGACAAGGGCAAAAGCAGAUGUGCCGACAUUAUGCUCAGGGUAGAUGUUACUAUGGAGAGAGAUGCAAGUUUUCUCAUGAAAAUGAAGUAAGGGAAGAAAGGUGGUCUCAGCAGCAAAGUUACUACGGAGAGAGAUGCAAGUUUUCUCAUGAAAAUAGUGAGGGAAGAGAGGUGGCCUCUGCAGCAAAGGAAUUUUGAGUUAUCAUGGAGACAGCGGCAAAUUUUCCAAUGAAAUGAGAGAGAAUUACAGAGGAAGGAUGAUGGAAGACAGGUGCCUCACGUGCAAAGGUGGUUUUAGAGGAAGCAAUAGCAGUUCUGGAGGAACAUGGUGAUUGAAUGAACAUGAGAAAUCUAGCUCGACUAGUUCAAUUUUGUUGAUAUUAUUUUGUUUCUCUGUGACUGGUGAACAACGUUUUGGCGAAGCUCAGUAGCUUCCGAGAUAUGUGGUUCCCACUAUUUUUCUGCAAUUGAAACAGCUCUUUUCGUUGUUCCUUGUUA